CUCUUGUUCAAUCGCCAAAACCGCACCGCCGACUCAAGGUGAGUAUUGCUCGAUUGGUGUUGCCUGCUGCAAGGCGAUCGAUUACACGGCGGGUGUGGCGGGCCAUGGCGAUGGAUACGGGAGUGGUGGAGGUUGAGCAGGGAGGCGGAAGAGAAGAAACGAAAGGCUAGAGAUGGAAUUGAAGGUGGCCAGCCACCGCAUGGAGAGACAGACCCCGACGUCGUAACCGAUACAUGGGGUGGGGGCGCUCGAAAGCGUCGAGAGCGCUCGAAGGGGCAGGACAUCUUGGAGGCAGCGAUUGAAGGACAUGGGUAUUUCGGAUGGGGGAAUAUAUCAGCGGGGCAAUUGAAUGAUGAGGGGCACAGGUGGACGGACAGAGGGAUGGCGAGGGAAUCGAAGAGAUGGAGUUGGAGGAGACGAUUGCAAGUUACAGGUUGAGAGAACAACGGCUGAUGCUGGACCUACAGACACUCGCCCACGAUGAAGGUCGAGACGUGCGCAUUCUCGCAGAGGAAGAUCUACCCUGGCAAGGGCAAGCUCUACGUCCGUGGAGACAGCAAGGUCUUCCGGUUCGUCUCGAGCAAGAACGAGUCGCUGUUCCUCCAGCGCAAGAACCCGCGUAAGAUCGCCUGGACCAUCGUCUACCGCCGCAUGCACAAGAAGGGCAUCACCGAGGAGAUUGCCAAGAAGCGCUCGCGCAAGACUGUCAAGCACCAGCGUGGUAUCGUCGGUGCCUCGCUCGACUCGAUUGCUGCCAGGCGUAACCAGAAGCCCGAGGUCCGUGCCGCCGCGCAGGCUCAGGCCCUCGCCAAGAGCAAGGAGGACAAGAAGAAGAGGCAAGAGGAGAGGAAGCUCAACAAGGCCAAGGGUGCUUCGGCUGGUGGCUCGGGCCCCAAGGUCUCGAAGCAGCAGAUGAAGGGUGGCGCUGGAGGCAAGGUCCGCGUGUAAGCUGGGAUGACCUUCCCAUCAGCAGCCUCCGGCGUCUCUUGUAUUCUCU